AUGGAAGAUGAUCAUCGUGACACAGCAUCAUGGGUUAGGCCUCAGGAGUUGAGCCUUGCUGCGCGUGAUCGACUUGAACGCGCGUCGCGACUACCUAACCUCUAUGGACCCGACUACUACGAGAGUCUAAUAGCACAAUAUGAGGAAAAGAACAAAGAGCUUCGUGCUGAAGUUGAGAGUUUGUCUGCCGAAGAGACGCAAUUUAACAAAUCCAAAAUUAGCCACAAGCUGCUAGAAAUGGAGGUAAAGAAACUUGAGAAGCAUAUUCACCUCCAGAACAAAGAAAUCAUGUCGUCGAAGGAGGACAAUAAGAAUUUGAGAGUGGCCAUGGAGGAUAUUCGCUCCGUCAUUACCAAACAAAAGCAUAUCAAAGACAGACUUGCGAAAGACCUCGAGGCUAAUAAGCUUGAAUUAGCCAACACUGCCGACGCCCUCAGCCAGAACAUCGAAGUCACGCAGAAGGAGCUUACCGACACCACCAGGUCACUCCGUAAUCAACUUGGCAGCAGAGAGAAGGAGCUUCGAGAGACCAGGCAGUCACUCAGCCAGAAUCUCGCCAGCAAAGAGAAAGAGCUUUACGAAACUAAGUAUGUGUUGGCCCGUGAGACAGAGGCAAAAGAGAACGUAAUGCAAGAAGCAUUCUCUAUGCUUGACGAACUGAGAGAACGUCAACGCAAGAUGGAGGACCGGCACGCAAAAGCCAGGAAAGCACUCGAUCAUCGAUUUGGCUCUGUUCUUCAUCGUGAAAGGUUGGGCGCCAAGCUCCGCAACGAACGAUCCCGACAUACCAUAGCUGUAAAGACGCUCCAGGCCCAACGAAGUCAAUUGCUGGCCAACCACAGCCGGCUCUCUACCCAGCUCAAAGGAUCGCACGCACGCUACGACAUCGUCAUGGUGCGGGUUGAGCAACUCUACAAGCAGAUCCACGAUCACAUCACCACGAUUCCUAGAUGCGAAUUCGAGUUUUCGCCUGGUAACUACCUGCCAUAA